UGCGGCCGCCCGAUAAAAGGAACGGGCAGAGGCAUCGUCCAGUCAUUCAGACCCGAACGUCAGUGGAAGUGAAAGCUCCGCAACGCCAUCUUACGGCACCACCCCUUCGACUGCCCGACCCGCACAGGAAUCUUAUUACUACAAGGGGAGACUUGUAUCUGCGGUAUCUGUCGGUGGCUUCAGUAUCCUCCAGUGAAAGACCCAAGGAAGAGUGAUCUACCUAGGAAAUUACGAAAGAGAUCCAAAAACUGGUUCUGCCGUCUCUUCGACAUGGCUUGUACGCUUCGCGCUGUGGUCACCUGUGGCAUUAUACUGGCUGUGAUAGAUGUGUUCCACGGUCUGACAACAACAGGCUUCUACGCGUAUCAGUUCAUCGUUGAAUUGUUUUAUCUCUGCCCCUUGGACUUGCCCCUCGAGUUAUGCCACAACAAAAACUACAUUUAUGAGCAAAUGUUUGAAACAAGAGUCUACAUUGGCCUAGGCGAGGGCGUUGUUGGUGUAAUUUUCUCCCUCUUCUACAUCAUGGCACUGGUGAAGCGCAAGCCCUCCCUGACGUGGUUGUGGCUCCUGAAGGCCUUCGCCGUCAUCGCCAUCAACAUCUACUACCUGAGUUCCUGGGUGAUCAGGCAAGGGCGUUACGAGCACAUCAACUGGGAGAAGGACGAAUACGAAGACGAAUUCGUCUAUGCCGGCCAGGGACUCACUCUAAUCCAGAUCAUCAUCCUGAUCCUGUACUGUCUCAUUGGGGGCAUCUUCACCUACAAGGUCUGCGAAGAGCGCACAGCCAGCAGGAGAAGCCUGAACCACAAACGCAAGUGGGAUGCCAACGACGCCUCCGCUCCUCCACUCGACCACUACGACGAAGAGGAAGCACAGUACCUGAACAAAGCCCUCACCAACAGCGAGAAGACCCUCCCCGUCAGAGCAUCCAAAACCAGCCUCACAGACCUCAGCCGGGUGGACACCUUCAAGCACUCCACGGGCGUUUAAGAGGUGAUAGUGAGAUGUAGGCCUAAGGGGCUUCUCCAGGUCCCAAGAAGAACAACAACCUUGGAUGUGAUUUUUUCUUGAGGUAUUUUGUAUCAAAGUAUCUCGAAGGCUUGAGCAGGUAGGAUAACAGGUAACUCAACGUUUCAGAAAUGCUUUUAUCAGCGCAGCUGGAUCAUUUUAAAACGUUGCAUUCUCUCGUACCUUGUCAAACAUCACCUACACCUUCGCUCUGUUAUACACAAUCCAAGGUUGUUUGAAGUGUCAUUCCAAACUGCUGUAGGAUAUUCCUUUAUUCGAGAGCGCACACGUAUGUGUUUGUAUGUCAUCCAGAAUACCUCACCUCAGUCUCCCUCUACAGGUUUAAAGGUUAUUCAUUUCUUUUAUGCGACAGGGUGCAAACCCUUGAAAUUUUCAGUUCUACUACUGGUCUUUAUUUCUUCGAAAAUAACAGAUCUAGUGCCUUGCCCAACAAACAUGAAACACAAUGAGGGAAUUUUACUUGCAAAUCAUACUGACACCCAAGAAAUCCAUGUUAUUUUCCCUUCCCUUAUAUACCAAGUCAGUGCCAACAGCCAAAUCGCUUGCAGGAAUAAAGUAUUUUAAGUUUGCAUUGGCUUUCUCGCUAUGAGAACGAAACCAAUAGAGAGAUAACGGAGUUUUACUGUAGUCACUGUAUUUUAGUCAAGUCGUGACUACUGAAUUCGUUCCAAUUUUAUCUCUGUUAUUUUAGAUUUUCUUGCGGGAGAGUGAAAUUUCCUGCCGGGUGUCUAUUUCUCGAAUGUUCAUUGCUUCUUAUUGAAGGAUUGACCUACUGAUCGUAUUAGACUGUCCAUGAUUUUAGGGCAGUAUUCACACUGAACUAAUAUAGGUUUGGUCUAUUUCAUAUUCUCAUUUCUAACUUGAUUACUCUCUAAUCGUUUACCUGAACUUGAGGUACUCGUCAUUUGCCAAUGUUCUUUUUUCUUUUUUCUUUUGUCUUGCAGCUCAACGAAUUUCUUUUGUAACUUAUAUAUUUUUGUAUCAGUAUAACGUAUAAGGAUCAGCAAUAUUCAAGGGCUGUCAUAGAAAGUGCCUAUUGACGUUAAACUUUUUUUUUUUUUUUUUUUUUUUUU